AAACACCUGCCGCCGCUAGUCGACGAUUGACGUGUUACUUUGAACCAACGUUCGCUUAAUUUGAUAACUCUUACACUAUUCCUUAUGUGUACGUUUUCUUUUAAUUUAAGUGUAUAAUCACUGAGUGUAAAUGCCACCGAAAGCAACUAAAAGGGACUCAGCCAAGAAUCCUCCAGCAGCGACACUUUUCAACAAGAACUGGGAGGCUGCUCUCACCAGAGCUCAGUUUGAAGAGGAGUCAUGGGAAGCCUGCGUGUCUCUGGUGGUUGGGGGGAGCCCAGAGGACGAGGAACUGACCCAGGAGCUGUCUCUGGCUGCUCACAAACCUGUACGCAAACUUUUCACCGUGUUGACCUGGGAGAGCACCUUGGCAAAGAUAAAUGAACUAGGCAAUCCCAGAGCAAAAAAAACUGAAGUGAACCCCAUGUUCUAUGAGGUAACAGAGUGCGCUAAGCUGCUGCUGGAUGCUAAAGAGGAAAUUGGUUGUGAUUUGAUGGCAAAAAUACUGAAGUUUCAGCUGCUACAGAUCAAAGCCAACGACCAGCAGAGGAGGGAAGCUGAGCAGGUUCAGACUGAGGAGGAGGAGAAGACGAAGGCCAAUCCUCCCCCUGCGAGCAAAGAGAAAGGCGGGCCCAAAGUCUCAGACAAAAAGGGAAAGACUGCUCAUUCGCCUGUGGUACCUUCUAAGAAGAAGACCAAGCUCAAACGCAGGGACAAUAUUGAGCCUCCAAAGUAUAUCGAUGACGAACCACAGGACGGUCCUCAACACUACAUCUUGCUGCUGGGCUUCUACCAGCCCCACCUGAUUGGGGCGCUGGAUUCCAUUGGUGUACAUGUAGCCACUGUGAUUAAACUGUGUUCUGAGCACACGCUAAAGGAACGACGGGAGGAGGCCUCUCUGUCUUUGGAUGCAGGAGCCAAGCUUCAACGUAGUGUAGAGCUGGCGACGCUGGCCGGCAAGGUGGAUUUAUUCUGGUCAGGUCUGAGAGCAGUCUUGGACAGCGGGCAGCAAAACUCCAAGCUCCAUGAUGUGGCUCAGCUCAGCUACUCCGUCCCAGAUCUCCGGACUCGGACCCCCACAGAGGACCCCGAAGCUGAGCAGGAGAUAGGAAGCCAAAUCUUUGAUGGUGUUGCCAAUCUCCUCUAUGACUGUCUGGACUGGCGCAGGCAACAUCAGCACUACCUGAACAACUUAAAACUCCUCAAUGUGCCUACUGUUGUUGGGUCCCAUCAACAGCCUGUAGAGAUUGUGGCAACGCCACGCUCCAAAAAGAAAUCAGGGCUGGAGGAAAGGCCAGCAGACCGGGAGACUCAGCGGCCUCCUCUCUCCUCAGAGGUGGACAUGCGGUACUACUGCAACCUUCUCGACCUGGUUCCCCCUGAAGCCUGCUCGGUGCCUCUGAUCAUGCACUGUAUGCUGGAACAGGUGGUGAUUUCAGCAGAGCAGGCUUCAUCCACCCCGUCCUGUGGGGCUGAGGCCAAACCACGUGAUUGUCCCGGGUUAGAUGAUCGGCUCGUCGGCUUCAUGCUCCAAAGCUUCCUUCCUCUCGCACACACGGACGCAGAGAGAAGCCACAUGUUCAAUAGUUUGCUGACAGCUACACAGAAUGAAGAACACAAGAAGAGGCUAGAGGAGCAGUGUGGAAUAGAGGGCACGCAGAAGAAGCAGCCUCUGGUCAUCAGACACCAUGAUAAGAUGGCAAUGCGCUUGAGGCAUAUUGGGGCGGUCCAGGGUUUUGAUCCAGCAGAGGUGGAGCUGUCCAUGAUGAGGAGGUCUCCUGUGUGGGCGCUGAUCCAGUCCGUGGCUCGCCCAAGAGACAACAACUCCUGCUGGAUGGCAAUCAAACAGCAGCUACAACACUACUGCACAGAUGAAAUUGUUCGGUGGCCGGAGGUUGAGCGCUUGAUUCAUCAGAGCGUGUUGGAGAGUAUGCCACUGACCCGGCCAGACCCAAACGGUGUACUGCAGGAUGCUCCUGGACCCGUGGGAGCACUGACCCCAGCAGAGCAGCAGACCCCCCCAGUAAUCCCCUGGGACAGCCCGCUAUCCUACGCUAAACAGCAGCGUACGCUACGAACUGAAGGACCGACAUUUGUCACUGAAGAUCCCGAUAACACCGAGCAGAUGACGGGGAGAGUCUGUUGCCAGCCGGACUUGAGUGACAUUCAGAGUAGUCGGCUGAGAUCUCUGUUUGAUUGGCACUAUACGGAGCACCACAGUGCCUCCAUCUUCCCUCAGGUACUCCAGUCAGCAUCAGAAGAAUACCGCUGCAUGGACACUUUCAGAGGAAGUCAUAACAACAUCCUGUAUAUUUUUUGUCACAAUCCAAUGAGCACUAAUCGCCAGUGCAAGGAAUACUGGGACGUAACCCUCCAUACUGAUGUCAAAUUCAGGAAGUACCUGGAACACGUGGCAGAUAACAUUUCAGACUGGACCAAAGAGGAAGAAUUAAAGAGAGAGGCAAUGCAACUCAGAGAUCUCGGCCUUACGCUGGCUCCAAAAGAAGAAAAGGCAACAGAUUGUACAGAAGAGGGGGGCGUUCUGGAGCCAGUAAUCAGAAAAGGCUCCCUAAAAGCCUGGAAGUUGGAGCAGGAGCGGCUAAAAGAGGAGGAGAUGGCCAAGAAAUUGAAGAAGGACAAUGCUCUGAAAAGCAAGCAGCGAAAGGAAGAGCCCGUGUCGACUGACGACAAGAAGAGUAAACCUUCUAGCCCCCGGAAGAGCGCAGCAGAGAGGGGUGUGAGCUCAGCCAAGAAUCCCACAAAGUCCAUUACUACCCCAGCACUCCCCGUGAGGGAAAACGACGAACUGCACCAAACAGCCUUCAAUCAUUUCACAGGUUACAGAAUGGCGGGAAAGUUGAUCCAUGUGUCGGGUCGUUGCCAGUACCUUUACCCUUCAGAUGGAGGACACAUCACUGUGGAGAAUGUCAGCUAUGUGGAAGGUUCCAGCCUAAUGAAAGUAGCGGUGAAGAAGGAUGGCCAUCAUUUCUGCACCCACAUCAAUCAAGUUGUUUCAGAAAAUCCUCUUCCUCAGUCCCAAGACAGUAAUACCACUGGAAGAAAAGAAGAUUUGAAAGUGUCGGAGCCCGUGGAGAUAAAAAGAGUAAAGCAGGGCUCCCUCUCUGCAGUGUUGGACAACGGAAUCCGCCUCUCAUAUAGUUUCUAUGGUCCCCAAGGAGAAUACAGAGUGAGUCCCUCGGAAACCACACAAGGGCCCCUAGUGACCCCCGCCCCUCGUUCCUCUUCUACCCAGCGCUCCAAGUCUGAGGUGAGUGAAGGCCAGCCAGCAUCGAUAUCGAGUCCAUUCAACAGUCUCAACAUGUCUGUUCCUAAUGGGCUGCUGCUGCAAUUUCUGCGUGAAGAUGCCCAAGAUGAGCAGGCUAUGUUGGUGAAACAAGGCUUUCCUCUUCAUGGUAGGGGAGGUGUGGGUCAGCCUCAGGACCCUUCCCUCUCCAAAGAACUGUCCCGUGUUAUCACGGGCCAGGGAGCUGUGAUCCGAUAUAUGAGAGACGGGUCCACAGAGGUUCUGUUUGCAGAUGGCUCAGUGAGUUUCAGCCAUGAUUCUGGUCCGGUGUGGGUUCCCGACUCUGAGGUUGAGGAGGAAAACAGCUCUCAAGAGUCUGAGGACAAAAAGAAAGAGCAGAGCUUAGAGAAGCAGCCUGAUAUUAAGAAAGGGUGUUGGUUAACGACGACUCCAUCUGGAGCUCGCAUCCACACUGUGGGGACCACACACAAACCCAUACCCGCCGAGCCUCUUCUGGCCUUCAAGGCGACUGACCCCAUCACCCAUGAGGUGAUGCUGAGCAGGGAGGAUCGGAUGGUUUCUGUCCAGCACCUGGAUGGAUCCCAAAUUGUAGAACAUGCAGAUGGAACCAGGAUCACAAGUUUCUACCAAGACAGACCACCAAGCACACUGCAACAUUUACUGCUUCACACAGGGGAGCAGCCUGAGAGUGUGACCUUCAAAUCACCUUCUGAAUGCGCAUGCGGCAGCACUGAGUGUGUGUGUGUCACCUGCUGUGUGGACAGCAAUACCGACACUGUGCACUCAGAGGAUAUUUGUGACAGUGCGGUGGAGAUAGGCGAGGACAGGAAAGGGGAAGCGUGUGAUAACGAGUGUACCGGACAUGCUCAUCCAGAGGACCGUGUGUGUGAGCAUGUGUGUUGGGAAGGAGAACACGGUGUAUUUAAGAGUGGUCAGGAGAGCGUGGUCGCGGAAGAAACCUCGGCUCAGAAUGCUAAGAGGGGUGCACGUGCAAGCCGUAAGGGGAGUGUGUCCACCGGGGAGCGGGUGGUGUUGGUGGAGAAGGAGGGCUGCCCCACAGUGGUGAUGUACCCCAAACAACACGUCGCUCACGUCUUUCUAGCCGACGGAACUGUCGUCACUGGGAACAACCAAGGAGCCUAUCAGGUGCUCCCAUCCAGUGUGGGCCUCCUACACAUCCAAAGUGAUGGCAAGUGUGUGUACUCGUCUGACUCCCUCUUAACCCCAAGUCCAAAGGGUCGCACUCCACCAAACCAACCAGGGAGCUACACCAUGAGCCACACAGACGCAGUGGCCUGUGACAUUACAGACCCCCACGGGAACCACUUCCAGGUGAUGGAAGAUGGAGAGUUAUCGGUGUUGAACUGCAGCCCCGCUCCGAGCCCACUUACACAGAAUGAGGAGGAGCCAGAGGAAGAAGACAGAGAAAUGGCUGAGAUGAAUGUAAAACACAGAGAGCAUUUUCCCAGGCUGUUUGUGGUGCACGAGGAUGGCUCAGGUAGUGAACUACUGAGCUCCCAAGCUGUAGAGGAACUGCUUUACCAGGCAUAUUCCGACCAGACCAUAGCAGUGCUGAAAGAACCACUGCCGGACACACAAGAUGAGUUUGGCAUCACCAUCUUGAAGCCCAGCCACCGCAGCGUGUGGUCCCAGUGGUUGCUAGGGAAACAGAACCCGGACUUUACCCCGCCCAACCUCCAAAACCGCACCUGGCAUGACUUCCCUAGAGUAGAGGAGAAGAGCCCAGGCCGUCCAUUUGGUGCUGACAUGGGACGAGGUUUGACCCUAAUGGACCUGUACAGAGGUUCUGAGGCACAGCGACAACCUCUCCGAGGGUGCCCUGAAGGCCUGGAAUUGAGGGAACUGCACCAGCACCGACCAUUCACCACCUGGCUCAGGAAUACCAUUGACACUCGACUGAAGGAAUACAUCGAGAGUCUGAUGGUGAGGGAGGAGCUAUCAGAGCAGAUGGAAGUCAAAGACCCUCGCUCUCAGGAGGAGAGUGGUCAGGCCAGCAAUCUGCUGAACUUGGUCCUGUCUUUUGCAGAAGAAGAGGAUGCAGUUCACAUCUUUGACAAGAGGACUCCAGUGGACAUAGGCAGUCUGUACAGCCAAGGAGUCAGAGACCCAAUGGAGCAGUCCAAUGCUUCAGAAGACGCCGCCACAUUAGCGAGUGACAGUUUUACUGCUGGAAAGGAGUCAAAAUGGAAUGAAUGGUUUACACAGUACAGGCAUGAGAUACGUGAAGAACGGGCUUAUUGGGAGGCUCUGAGGAAGAAGACUGUUGUUCCUUUUUUCCAGCCAGAAAAUAUCCAAUUAUAUCAGAAUCUGCUACAGCAUCAAAUGGCCGACAUGAGGAGUUCAGACAUGGAUCUCCCUGCAAAGUCCGGCAGCGCAGAGACUUUCCUGAAAGACGCCUCACCAGAGAAGACCCCACAGCCCUUAAACCCAACACCCUCUCAAUCGGCAAGGGGUUCUGCUCUUUGUAACGCACAAAGAAGUGACAGGAUGCUUGAAAAAAGGCAGACAACCCCCCCGCCUCAGACUGCCGGUGGAAGCAGUCUGAGGGGUUCAACUGGGCAAUGGAAGUCUGUUCUGGUGGAUGUGACUGGAAAGCCCAGGAGGACUAAAGUCAGACUACCUGCCUCUAUCCUCGGCUCUAAACCUUGCAGCGUGCCAAAUCAACAGUUCCUGGCAGUGGAGGGGCCAGUGAGGAGGAGGUGUCGAACCAUUUCCCUGACUGAUCCAAGUGUCAUGGCGAGGGGAUUUCAGCUGCUCCCAUCCAGUGUUGACUUUGGCACAGUGCAGGAGGGCACCUCUUCUGCCAUUAACGUGGUGAUGAAGAACGUGGGUGUGGACACCUGCAGGUUCCAUGUGAAACAGCCUCCUGCUGCUACGGGCCUCCGGGUCAUCUACACACCUGGGCCUGUGGCUGCAGGAUUGCAUGUCGAGCUGCAGGUUCAGCUGUUUGCCAUGUGCGCAGUCCGAGCAGGAGAAGAGGGGCCGAAGAACAACGUCUCCCAGGACAUUGUCAUUCGCACAGAGACGGACAUCCUCUACCUGCCUGUCACGGCUACCGUCCUUCCUGAGAGCUUGUACGACAUAUGGCUUAAGGGCCACAUCGGCGCACACAAAAAGAAAACCUCCAGGGUUCGUCAACGAUCUCCGACCAAGACCGCUGGUACCACAGAACACCUGUCACCCUUCUGACUGGUCCUUCAUCCAACCAGGGAGAUCUUAAAUGCAGCAGCCCUCAGGCUCCACAGUUCCUUGUCAGCUAUCACAUCACUCUGUUAUUGCACAAAAAUAAAUAAAUAAAUACAAAUAAAAUAAAAAUAGA